AUGUUCCCGUUAUAUGGGGACCCCCGUGGCGUUGGUCUGGUAGUCGACAUAUGCGAGCCAGAGCCAAGGGAGAAGAGUGGGCACUUCCUCAUCCCCAAAACUAAGCCCACUCAUAUAGAUCAGGAUACGAUUGAAUACCUGCGCCGUAAGGGCGUGUUCAACUUCCCCGCCCCUGCUGUCUGCGAAAUGAUGAUCCGGACAUACCUUCACUAUGUGCAUCCCUUUUUUCCUGUUGUUGACGCCCAUUCGUUCCUCGAUAUAUUCGAAAAUAGAUGCAACGAAGUAAGCAUACACCUGUUGUGGAGCAUGUUUCUAGCUGCUGCGAAUUUCGCCGAUGACAGCACCUUAAAAGAAGCGGAUUUCUCAUCUCGGAAAGAGAUGAAGCGUGCCAUGUAUAUCCGUGCCAAGGCUCUUUACGAUGCAGAGUAUGAGAGAAGUAAGAUUACUCUAAUCCAGGCGGUACUUCUGACAGGUUUCUGGUAUUCGGACACCGAAGACAGGACUGGGCCUUGGCAUUGGAAUGGUAUUGCUAUCAGUCUGUGCCAAACGAUAGGGCUACAUCGGCAUCCAGAUGCAGGUCGAAAACGCAGUAAAGCGAUCCCGACUAGUGACAGCAUUAUCUGGAGGGAAUUGUGGUGGUGCUGCUUUUACCGUGAAGCGUGGUUCUCUGCCGGCAUGGGCAGGCCUAUGCGCAUCAACAUAGCCGACUGCAGUACUCGAAUGCCACAUGCCAACGAUUCCGAUAAUCUGCUCGCUGGGAUUCCUGAGCAUAUUCGGAAGAAGUACCUUCCAGAAGGCACUAAGGAAUUGUCCAAAUUAUGGACGGAGCUGUUAACACUUACGGUCUCUUUAGCGAAGAUUCUAUCAUGGCAAAACCGAGCGGACCAGACACGACCUAGUAGGACUGAGAUACAGCAAAUUGACGAUACCAUCCGACAGCAUUGUUUCGACAAAGAUCACGGUAUGGGUCACGCACAUAGUCACGUCGUCUCUUUACACAUGUACCAUCUGGAGCUGUAUCGAGAUUCCGUUCUGCUUACCCUAUACCGACCAUUUCUUUUCGAUAAGCCAGAAAUGAAUUCACCUGAUCUCCCUGCCGAUGAAUGGACAUUAACUGUUUUGCGGAGGGGCAAAGAUGCUGCGACGAACACCAACAGAGUCCUUGGCAACAUGAUCGGUGAUGACAUGAUCAGUAACUGCCAAGCGAUGGUCUGCAUUGCCUUGGUUCCCACAUUGCAAAUCCAUCUGCUUGACGCCACGUCUGAAAAGCAAAUGGUGCAACGUAUGGGCCGCCAUAACCUUGAGUUUUGCAUGAUGGUCAUCGAAGAGCUCAAAUCUGUGUACUUUGGCGCUGAAUUACUCUCAAGAAUGUUUACUAAGGCAAGAGACUGGAUACUCUACCGCAAGUCUGUCCCCGCCACAGCGCCCAGAGAAUAUACGCCUCAGUCGUCGCGUGAUUUCGCGGUCGGUUCUCUUCCGGUGCUACCAGAUGAUGCAUGUCAGGACGAUGCGGGAAUAUUUGAUGCGUUCGCGACAAUGCUGAGUCCCUUUGCCUCAGUAUCAGCUGGCGGACUCUUCAAUAACGACGAGCUAUUGGAUUUUGAAUCUGCCGCCACACUUGAACAACUGAUGUUCCCUGAGCCCGAAUCUUCUGCAGAUACACAUUAG